AUAUAAAUUAUUCCCUUAUUUAAUAAUCUGAUACAGAAACAAAAAAAAACAAAGAAAGAAAGAAAGAGAGAGCGAUCAAAAAUGGAGGAAGGAAGAGAUAUAGAUCCAAGAAGUGGGUUCUGCAGCUCAAACUCAGUCUUCUACAGCAAAAGGAAGCCACUUCCACUUCCACAGAACCCAUCCUUGGACGUCACCACCUUCAUCUCAUCACACGCCCACCAUGCCAGGAUCGCCUUCAUCGACGCCGCCACCGGCAACCACUUCACCUUCCACCAACUCUGGCGAGCUGUGGACGCCGUCGCCUCCUCCCUCUACGACCUCGGCAUCCGCAAGGGCAACGUCGUCCUCCUCCUCUCCCCAAACAGCAUCUACUUCCCCGUCGUCUGCCUCGCCGUCAUGUCCCUCGGCGCCAUCAUCACCACCACCAACCCUCUCAACACCGCCGCCGAAAUCCGCAAGCAAAUCAACGACUCCAAGCCUCGCAUCGCCUUCACCAUCCCUCCCCUGGCCUCGAAAAUCGCCGCCGCCUCCCCCUCGCUCCCGAUCAUCCUCAUGGAGGCCGACACCAGCAGCAGCUUCCCUUCAGCCGUCACCACCCUGAGCCGCAUGAUGGAGAAAGAAAGCAGCUCAAGCCGAGUCAAAGAGCGAGUCAACCAGGACGACACGGCCACCCUGCUCUACUCUUCCGGCACCACCGGGCCCAGCAAGGGCGUCGUGUCUUCUCACCGCAACCUCAUGGCUAUGGUGCAGAUCGUUCUCGGCAGAUUCAACAUCGAGGAUAGCCAGACCUUCAUCUGCACUGUCCCGAUGUUCCAUAUAUACGGGCUGGUGGCGUUUGCGACGGGACUUCUGGCGGCGGGGGCCACAAUCGUGGUGCUGUCAAAGUUCGAGAUGCACGACAUGUUGUCGGCGAUAGAGAGGUACAAGGCGACGUACCUGCCGCUGGUGCCGCCGAUUCUGGUAGCGAUGCUCAACAACGCCGACGCGAUUAAGGGGAAGUACGAUUUGAGGUCUUUGCAUUCGGUGCUUUCGGGUGGAGCUCCGCUGAGUAAAGAGGUGAUAGAAGGCUUCGUGGAGAAGUAUCCGAACGUGACCAUUCUUCAGGGUUAUGGCUUGACGGAGUCCACCGGAGUUGGUGCUUCCACCGACUCCUUGGAAGAGAGCCGCAGGUACGGUACGGCGGGGCUCCUCUCUCCUGGAACCCAGGCUAAGAUUGUCGACCCUGACUCCGGGCUCGCCCUUCCCGUGAACCGGACCGGUGAGCUCUGGCUCAGGGGUCCCACCAUCAUGAAAGGUUAUUUCAGUAACGAGGAAGCAACGGCGUCUACGCUUGAUUCAGAAGGAUGGUUAAGAACAGGGGAUGUUUGCUUCAUCGACAAUGAUGGCUUCAUAUUUAUUGUGGAUAGGUUGAAAGAGCUCAUCAAGUACAAGGGAUAUCAGGUGCCUCCAGCAGAACUAGAGGCCUUGUUGCUCACACAUCCAGACAUUGCUGAUGCUGCUGUCAUUCCGUUUCCAGAUAAGGAGGCUGGGCAGUUUCCAAUGGCAUAUGUUGUAAGAAAGGCUGGAAGCAGCAUUUCGGAGAAGGAAGUGAUGGAUUUUGUGGCAAAACAGGUGGCUCCAUACAAGAGAAUUAGAAAGGUCGCUUUUAUAUCUUCCGUACCCAAAAAUCCAUCUGGCAAGAUUCUAAGGAGGGAUCUCAUCAACCUCGCAACCUCUAAACUCUGAAAACACUUUUAACAUUUUUUUUAUUCGGGAUAUGUAUGGCUCUCCUGCAAUUUUAGUUAUUAUGCCUUGUUUAUAUACUUUUUUCAGGAGAUUAAUAAAAAGUAAUAAUGUACGUAUGUUCCUAAUUUGUUUUCUCAA